AUCUGUCAACUUGCAGGGGAUUGGAAUUGGAUCCCAAGGAGCAGACGGUUGCAGAGUUGCAGCCUGCAGGGGAAGGGAAGAGAACUGGAGAAGGAGAUCCAUGGGGCCUGGGAUUGGGGCCUUGCUGGUGCUUGUUGCAGCAUGUCUAGCAUCUGCUGCGCCCUGCACUUCGGCUUCUUCCCGCAAGUUCGAUUUGAAUACCGUGCAAUCAUAUUUAGUGAACUCCUCAGGUGGCUCCUUUUUUGCAAGCUCGCAGUUUGCUUUUGACCCUUCAAAGUCGAAACGGCUCUCAUGGCAUCCAAGGGUCUUCUUGUAUAAAGGUUUUCUUUCUGACAUGGAGUGCGACCACUUGAUAUCUAUGGCACAUGGUAAGAAGGAAUCAUCUUCAGUUGUUGCCACUGGUGCUACAAGUAGUUCCCAAAACAACACUGAUGAAAGCAUCAAAAUGUACAUGGCUGAUAGCAAAGACACAAUUGUUUCAAAGAUUGAAGAUAGGAUAUCAAUAUGGAGCUUUCUUCCAAAAGAUUUUGGAGAGAGUAUGCAGAUUCUGAAGUAUGAGGUGAACAAAAGUGGCUAUAACAACUAUGGAUCUCAAUCAAGCAGUGGCAAUGAUAGACUUGUGACAGUUUUGAUAUAUCUUUCUGAUGUCAAGCGAGGCGGGGAAACUGUCUUCCCCAGAUCUGAGGUGCAGGGCACCCAAGUUGAGCAAGGGGCAGCAUCUGAGUGUGUUGGUUAUGCGGUACAACCUGUCAAGGGAAAUGCUAUUCUGCUGUUCAAUUUGAAGCCUGAUGGAGUAAUAGACAAGGAUAGCCAAUACGAAGUGUGUUCUGUCCUUGAAGGUGAGGAAUGGCUGGCCGUAAAACAUAUCCAUUUGAGAAAGACUGAUACUCCAAAAUCUUUAUUUGCGUCCGAGGAUGAGUGCACAGAUGAAGAUGCUAGAUGUGUCGGUUGGGCUGCUGGUGGGGAAUGUGACAGGAAUCCGUUAUUUAUGAUAGGAAGUCCAGACUACUAUGGCACUUGUCGGAAGAGCUGCCGUGUGUGCUGAGUUUUUUAACAUUUUCCUUAGAAAUAUGAAUGUUGUAGCAGAGAAUGGCUCAAGAAAAGUGUAGAUGGUGCCAGAUUAUUUUACUCUUGUCAGGAAAUAUAGUUUGGAGCUCCCUCUUUUUGUUUGGGACUUAAUCUGGAUGUCUAGUUGAGUUCUUGGAUAGUUUUGGGUUUUGUUGGAUUGAGAUUCUUCCCAAAACAUAUAUUAAAAAUAAUGUGUCGCUAAAUUUGUUCUAUCAGACAUUGUUGAACCUA